AUGUUUGAAGAAAGUGGAUUUGAGGUGUAUGAGAGUCGGAAAUCAUUUAUAAAAUAUGUAAAAUAUGUGCAAAUGGAAGAACAAAAAAGAGCUAAAAAUCAAAGGAUUGCUGUAGUCAAAUUAACUGAAAGGAUGUGUAAUAGAUACUGGAGUGUUAAAGAGAUGGGUGAUGUUAAAAGGUUGGUAGGUGUAAAAAUUUUUAUUGUAUAG